CACACACAGACACACACAGGGACAGAGAGAGAGAGAGAGGGAGAGGGAGAGAGAGAGAGAGCCAGAGUCCGCAGCCCCACGCACCAAACGGCGCUGGUUGCCGCAGGUCCUCACCGGGAGCCCCACAGUGCGGGGCUGGAGGAGGGAAGGAGCCGCCCCGCACCCCGGGGACAAAGGUGGGGAUCCCCCCAAGGGACAAGGGACGAGGGAGCUCCCCACCUCGGGGGAGCGGGGGGCGUGCGGGGAAAGGAGAGGAGGAGGGAGGAGUGCCGGGGCUCUGGCCACCCCCAGGGGUCCCGGAGGGCGUCCGGGAGGAGGAGGCACGUGCGGGGGGACCCCCCCCCCCCAGAGGGCUUUGGGGUGCAGGGCACGGGGAGGGAUAUACUGAGCGCCUCCUGGGCGCGGCGCACUGUGCGGAGAGCUCGGGAGAGGACGGCGAGGCGGAGAAGAUGUCACACUCGGCCUGUGGGUCGCCCCUCUCCACCAGCAAGAGAAUCGUGUGAAACAUCCCGGGGGUCGACAGGGGAAGCCCGGCGGAGCGGCAGCCAUGGACCCGGAGGCCCCACCGCCCACCGGGAGCGGUCCGUGGCUCCCCCCGCCCUUCGACCUGAACCUCUCGGCCGGGGUGGCCCCCUCUUCCGCGGUCAACACAUCGGCCAAUGCGACGGACCCGGUGUUCGACUCGACCAGUAAUGCGGUCCUCACCUUCAUCUACUUCGUGGUGUGCGUGGUCGGGCUGUGCGGGAACACGCUGGUCAUCUACGUCAUCCUCCGCUACGCCAAGAUGAAGACCAUCACCAACAUCUACAUCCUCAACCUGGCCAUCGCCGACGAGCUCUUCAUGCUGGGCCUGCCCUUCCUGGCCGUGCAGGUGGCCCUGGUCCACUGGCCCUUCGGGAAGGCCAUCUGCCGGGUGGUCAUGACGGUGGACGGCAUCAACCAGUUCACCAGCAUCUUCUGCUUGACCGUGAUGAGCGUGGACCGCUACCUGGCUGUGGUCCACCCCAUCAAGUCAGCCAAGUGGAGGCGGCCCCGGACAGCCAAGAUGAUCAACGUGGCCGUGUGGGGGGUCUCCCUGCUGGUCAUCCUGCCCAUCAUGAUCUACGCCGGCGUCCGGGGCAACCACGGCCGCACGAGCUGUACCAUCAACUGGCCGGGGGAAUCGGGGGCCUGGUACACGGGCUUCAUCAUCUACACCUUCAUCUUGGGCUUCCUGGUGCCCCUGUCCAUCAUCUGCGUCUGCUACCUGUUCAUCAUCGUCAAGGUCAAGUCCUCCGGCCUCCGCGUGGGCUCCUCCAAGAGGAAGAAGUCCGAGAAGAAGGUCACCCGGAUGGUGUCCAUCGUCGUGACAGUCUUCAUCUUCUGCUGGCUCCCCUUCUACAUCUUCAACGUGUCCUCGGUCUCAGUCGCCAUCAGCCCCACCCCGGCCCUUAAAGGCAUAUUUGAUUUCGUGGUGGUCCUCACCUAUGCCAACAGCUGCGCCAACCCCAUCCUGUAUGCUUUCCUUUCCGACAACUUCAAGAAGAGCUUCCAGAACGUUCUCUGCCUGGUCAAGGUCAGCGGCGCGGACGACCGGGAGCGAAGCGACAGCAAGCAGGAUAAGUCACGUCUCAACGAGACCACGGAAACCCAGAGGACUCUUCUCAACGGAGACCUCCAGACCAGCAUCUGAGUCGCCCGAGAAGCUGCCUCCUGGCCCCAAGUCUGGGGGUUUGAGGUCGGGGGUCCCCUUCAUCCCACAGCUCCUUGCCGGGUGUAAGAGUAAGGGGCCAAUGUGGGGGGUGUCCGUGCCCUCUGUCUGAAUUUGGGCCAAAGCACAAAAUCCACGUCCUGCUUUGAAGCGGACUCACGUUUCCCGGUGCACGCAGGGCGAUCCGAGUGAGGAGAGGAGGCAAUCCCGCUGAGAGGAUGUUUCCAAGGGAGCUGAAAAUCUUCUGGUGAAAAUAGGAACCUGUGUGUGUGUGUAUGUGUGUGUCUGAUGUUAAUCGUGUGUUUUUUUACCUGAACUCCACCCAUCGCCCAUAUAUAUCGCUCCCUCACCCUUGGCAGUCCUCCCUCCAUUUGCUGUGUACACCCUCACAUCCAAAUCUAGCCAGGCAGAGGCACGGCGUCGAAUCCAGGAAUUCCCAGAAAGACACGUGUCCCUGCAUUCGACCGGCUCCCGUUGGAUAUGAGGGGAGCGCAAGAUACGCCGGAGAAAGAAUCCCAUCAGAUUCGCCUCAUCUUCUCCUCUGCCGGGCUGAGGGACAUCCUGAGUUGAUGUACCAAGGCAAGCCUGGUGGAUGAUGAUACUGCAGUGCUCUCCCACGUGGCUUUAAUUUUCCUGGGGGGAAGCCGUGGGGGGGGAAAAUACCCCAUCGCGAGAGGCAGAAAUGGACUGGUGUCGGUUCUCGCUAGUCACCCUGCUGUGAAAUCAAUACUGUAAAAUGAACUCUAGAUGCCCGUUUUGAAGUAUCAGACCUCCAGAUGGGAUUCCUAAUGAAUGGAAGGGGAAAUAGAAUCCAACUGGACGGGAAACAGAAUCCAAAUGGACUUUCCUCAGAGAGGCUUUCAAAGACUUCAUCCCAGGUGGAUGUUUGCUGGCCGAAAGCCGUGGGAUAUACACGCAGUUACCUUUCGUAAGCAUUCACAGUCUCUCUCACUCUAUCACGUGAGGUGCUCACAAAGCCGGGGAUUCUCUCAACUCGUUCAGCUCUCGAGUCCGCAGUCCCCAUUUUCAGCCCCUGGGGAAUCCUUCCAGGGUGACAUACCAGGCUGGCUACGUUACGUCCCCUGAGGGCAUCGGUGGUACCGCCCGAGAUGAGGCUUCGGUCCAGCCGGCGAUCUGCAGAGAAAUGAGAACCGGAGAUCUAAAUUUCGUACAAAGCCACACGAUCUUUGCCGUUCGCCCCGUUCUACAGAAAGCCUCAAAGGUGAUCCGCUUUCCGAAAACCCAUGAUUUCAUCUCCGCUGUUGAUUAACAUGGAAGGAGGCUGGACUGGGGCAUCCUGGGGGAGCUAAUUGAAUUUAGGCCUCCACCCCAGUUUCUUCAACCGGGUUUCCGAGUGGUUCUCCUUUAUUCCUUCCUCACGGACGCCAAGUUCUCUGCCAGGGAAAAUCCCUGCGGUUCCCAGUUUGUAGGUCUAGAGGAAAAUGCUUUAUGGGGUGCCAUUUGGGAUGGGGAAUUUCAGAUGAAUCAGAAAAGCCUCAAAGAAUAGUCUUCAAAGAGGCCUGAGAGGAAAGGGCGAGCUGGCCAGGAUAUGGCUAACACCCUAGUCUUAAAGUGUGGACUGCGAGAGGACACAUCGCAUCUUGGGGCACCCUGAAACGCAGGCAGGCACCCUAACCAGACCUGAACUUUCCUUGGUUCUGGUUCUGUUAGUGCUAGAAGGCACCCCCUCUGUGUGGCUCCAUUUCAUUUCUCCCAGCGGUCUAGUGGAGCAGCUACUGAUUAGUUCACUUACAUCUGUUUCCUACGUGAGAGGAUGCUUGGAUUAUUUGUAGUAAUAACAAUAGUGAUAGUA